AUGGUACUCGCAUUGAAUCGUGUUGUUGAAAUGAUUCCUUCAGCAUAUCGCCUUCGCUUCUUAUUUCAAGGAAAAACAUUAUACUUCUGGAUGGUGCUAUCUGUAAUGUACAUGCUAGCCUUACCGUUCCUCAACCGAACACAUCCUUUCAAUACAGCUGAUUCUGCUUACACUCCUUUACCAAUGAUUACCGACAACUUCGAACAAGAAGCGGCUUAUUAUGGUACAAUUUUGAUACCAAUUCACAAUAUUUUCUUCGUAAUUGUCGUGCUGAGCCUUUACACAAUACUAUGCGUGUAUGUUGUCAGAAUGCGCGGCAUUCCAAAGGAAGGCAACUACAAGAUGCAAUUGCAGGUGAUUGUGUCCAAAAGAAUAAAGCACACCUUCGAGUUGUAA